AUGGGAAAUCUUCCAUCAAGAGGCGGAGUAGCAACUGCUACCAAUGGGUCAAUACUUCCUCGAGAAGCGACGACGAGCCAUCCGGAUCCUAAUUUUUCUGACAUCAUCGCGUUCGAUGUCAUUCAUCUCUUUGGCAUCGUCAUCCUCGGGGGUACACUCCUGACGGCGUACUUCUCGUCGCGGAUAAGACGAGGCUCACUGUGGUUCAUGUUCAACAUUUCGUGGUUCCUCGCAAGCUUUGGUUACCUUCUUCUCCUCGGUCAGCAAACUGGUCCAGCACCGCCCUUCGUCCUGUGUUUGAUACAAUCCAUGUUUGUCUACGCAACGCCCGUAUUUUAUGGCUUUGCGGCUCUAUCAUUCAUGCUUCAUGUAGGCUUCUCACUUCAAACAAUAAAACAGGUUACCGACGGGGAUUCGACAGGUGUAUUUAUCAAUAAGACCUACGACAGGAAAGUCCUCGUUGAGGUUCUCAUUGUCGGCCUCAUUCAUAAAUCUUACGUUCAACGCGAUCCGACCGGCAUGUAUUGCCACAUCACUCGACGACUACCAAAUCGGACAACAGCCACACUCGGUGUCGCAGCUUCGAUACCGAUGUUCAUCCUUGGAGUUCUCAUAUUCCGAAUCGUGAAGAAUACCUGGAGCGUCAAAAUGAAGCGUACGCGAGACCACAAAGUCUCUCUAGACAUCGCCAUUCGCGCCGUGAUUUUUGCUUUAUGUCCCCUGAUUGGGCUGACGGUUGGGCUGCUUCAAUACGUCCCGGGUAUGAAGGAACACCAUGGAGCUGGUCUAAACAUCGCUCUGGCUACAUUACCUGCUCUUGCGGGGUUGAUCUUCGGAACCCAACGAGAUAUGAUAGCUGUCUGGGCAUGUCGAAGGAAGAAAACGGAGUCAUCGGUUCCAUUUACCGGCACAUCAAGUCAAAGUAGCGCGAAAGUCUAA